AUGGACGGGCCGUAUGAGAAUCAUCGUAUUUGGACCACCAACAAUGGUUACGUGCGAAAUAAUGCACGGCCAGCAACAGGUAACCUCAGUAUUCAUAGUACCGGCUCGGCCUUAGAGGAUACAACAUAUUUGCCCGCCGUUAAUGGCUCCGGCACUGCUUUGGGCAAACGUCCGCCACACAAUUCCACCUUCGUUGGCGUGCAAUCAAAAUUUCGACGAAAAUACUACCACAAGACCUUAAUUGGUCUGCUCAUACUUUUGAUAAUCAUUUUAGUCAUAACUAUAAUAGUUGUAUGUAUAAGAACUCGCACACAUUCGGAAGUGUGCCGCAGCAAAGAGUGCCUCCGCACAGCGGCUGGCCUCAUCUACUCAAUGGACGAAGAGACUGAUCCCUGCGAGGACUUUUAUAAAUUCACCUGUGGCCAUUGGGCGGACGAUCAUCCCAGACCCGAUUCGGCUACAUCGAAUGACUGGUUUCGUGAACGGCAAGCGAAAAUAAUGCGCCUUGUUCGCUCAUUUCUUCAAUCGAAUAUCAGCGAUGAAGAGCCAGCCGCCGUGGGGAAGACGAAAAUUAUGUAUCGUGCUUGCAUGAAUACCGAGCUGUUGGAUAAGCGUGAACUAGAGCCAUUAAUUAAGUAUCUGAGAAUAUUUGAAUUGCCACUUCUGCCAAGCGGUUUCAAUGUGUCACUGCCGGCGACGGUGUUUCGGAAAUAUGGCGAAGAUGAGAAAUUCGAUUGGUUGCGUAGUUUAGUGCUGAUCAAAAAGAAUUUGGGUAUGGACUUGGUGGUGGGUUUCGAUAUAUUUCCCGAUCCAGUUAAUCGUACAAUUAAUCGCAUAGCUCUCGGUACACCCGAAACCGAUUCAGCGUUGCCGUUCAACAAAGAUGAUAUGCAUAAACUACUGAAUAAAAUUAAACGCAAAGCAAUCGCCAAUCAUGAGGAGGGUGAUGAGGAUAGCGAAGAUUUGGAGGAUGAUAUUGAGGAAGCUGAGAAACACACAUCUUCGGGUUUACUCACUUAUGUGGCUUAUAUAAAGAAAAUGGUAGAAUUAUAUGUGCUCUACUUAAACCCUGACGAGGAGGUGGAAUCUGUUGAUGAAUCUAUAGCUGAAAUGGCUAUACAGGCAGUGAAGUUCGCAAAAAAAUUAUACAGGUUGAAAGAUGAUGCAGAGAACUUGACUAAAACCCUGACCAAUCCCAUGGAAGACAUCGUUUAUAUAUCCGUUGCCGAUUUGCAAAAUCUCACGGACAAACUAAUUACACCAAAAUCUGUCCUAAGCUGGGAGCAUUAUCUGCAGCUAAUAAUGCAGGAGGCAAAUCACACGCAAAACUUCAAUCUCACGGAAUUGACAAUCAUCACCAGCCAUGCGGAUAUCGAUUACCUACAGAACCUCGUCGCCUUCUUGAACGAAGCACCGCCAGUUAACAUCGAAUUUUACAUUUGGUUAAGUGUUGUAGAGGAGUUGGUGCUGCACACCACCAGCGAAAUGCGACUAUUGCACUCUGAAUAUAUGCGACUAAUUGUGGGCACCGAAGGCAGUUCACCCCGCUCCCUUUACUGUGCACACGGCGUGAAUAGCCUAAUGGGUAUGGCUGUGAGUUAUGUACUGGCCGAUGAUGAUUUCACACGUCACAAACUGCCUCGGGUGGAGCGUAUGUUGAGUGAUAUAAGACAUGCAUUCGAUAUGCUCGUGCGACGCACCUCCUGGAUGGAUGAGGAGACCAAACGUCAGACGUUGCAAAAGUCAGCGUCCAUGCAAAGUUUUAUUGGCUUUCCUGAGUGGUUACGCAACGAGACGGCACUGAAUGCCCACUAUGCGGGUGUGCAUGUGAAUGCGAGCACACAUUUGGAGAAUAUGAUUGGAGUGUUGCGUUGGCAGAUGCAUUACAAAUUGGAUAAUCUCUAUCGACCGGAACCGUUCGGUUGGGCGACCGCACCUUCGAAUGUUAAUGCAUUUCACACGUUCCAAUCAAAUACCAUAACUAUACCCAUUGCCAUAUUGCAGUAUCCCUUCUAUGAUCUCGGCUUGGAAGCAUUAAAUUAUGGCUCCGUGGGCACAAUAUUGGGACAUGAACUGACACAUGGAUUCGAUGACAGUGGGCGUAUGUUCGAUAAGAAUGGCAACAUGUUGCAGUGGUGGUCGAAUGAGACAAUCAAGGAAUAUAUAAAUCGCACUGAUUGUUUUGUAGAUCAGUACAGCCGUUAUUAUCUGCCGGAUGUCGAUGAAUAUAUUGAUGGCGAACUGACGCUGGGUGAAAAUAUCGCCGAUAAUGGUGGCAUGCGCGAAGCAUUUCACGCAUAUCGUUUAUAUAUAAAUGAAAUGGGCGCCGAACGCAUUAAAUUACCCGGACUGGAGAAAUACACAAAUGAACAGUUAUUCUUUAUAUCUUUUGGUAAUUUGUGGUGUGAAACAUACACGCCGGCGGCAUCACGCUAUGCGCUCGAAGACUCUCACUGUCCGGGAAAGAUACGUUUGAAGGGCGUACUUUCAAAUUCUGAGGAGUUUGCACAAACCUUUCAAUGUAAACGCGGCACGGGUAUGAAUCCGAAGGAUAAGAAGUGUCGCAUUUGGUGA